GCUAACGGGAUCCGACCUUAUCUGCGUCUCUUAGCUCGCUAUAAUGUUCGGUUCGUCGAGGGCCGGCGGGGUAAGAGGAGGACAGGACCAGUUCAACUGGGAUGACGUGAAAGUUGAUAAACACAGAGAGAAUUAUCUGGGAAACUCACUGAUGGCUCCUGUGGGGCGAUGGCAAAAAGGCAAAGAUCUGACAUGGUAUUCUAAAGACAAAAAGGGUGCAAGUUUGUCCAAAGCAGAAGAAAUGGCUGCUGUGAAAGCUGCAGAGCAGGAGGCCAUGAUGGCAGCCCUAGGUCACAAGAACAUUAAGAGACAACCCACUGGCCUCACCAAAGAGGACCUGGCAGAGGUUUAUAGGAGAGAAGAACCAGAAGGGGAUGAGCGAAACGUUGACCGCAUCUCAGGACUGGGCAGUUCUAGUGGUGGAAGGAAGAUGGUGCUGUCUCAAAAGGAAAAAGAAGCUGCCAAAAUGGGACUACCUGUUUUUACUCAUCACAAGACAGAGGGUCAGCCAGAAACGUCGUCAGUAAAAACAUCUGAGAAAACGCAGAAAGAAGAAGAAGAAUCAAGGGACGAAAGCAAAAAGAAGAAGAAGGAAAAGAAGCACAAAAAAGAGAAAAAGAAGAAAGACAAGAAGGAAAAGAAAAAGAAGAGACACAGAAGAGACUCAUCCUCCUCGGAGUCAGAGGAUGAGAGGAAAAGGCACAAAAAGGACCACCAUCGUCAUAAUCCAUCAUACCAUAGUCAGAGUGGAGCCAGACCCCAUGACAACCAUUCACAGGGGGGAGCAAAGGGCGGCGCGCACCCCUCCCACGGCGCACAGAGGCAGAGACACGACACAGACUCAUCCGACGGGGGGUCUCCGAGGGCCCGGCUCAGGACGGCCCCUGACAGAGAGCCACAAAGCCACAGGCGACGCCACGACACGGACACGGACUAAUGUGAUACACCCCCCCACUUAAGCAUGUGUUCUACAGACAGCCAGGAGAGGAGGUGCACGCAGCCCAAAAAGCCGAGGGGUGCUAGAGUGUUCACUACGGGUAGAUGUGAUGUUUUUAACUAUUUUUGUCAUUAUUAGAACGGCUGCUGUCCCCUUUGAUUUUAAUUUUAUGAUCUUACGUGAGGAGAUAAAAUGUUUGUGUUAAGUGCC